AUGAUAUUAUGUGAAACAAAAAGAAGAUAAAGAAGAAAUGGAUUUCAUGCUGAAACAGAAGAAGAAUUUCUUUAAGUUUACAAUUAACUUUAUCUAUACCAUAGAAAUUAGCCAAAGAAGAUGAUAAUCGAUAAAUGAUCUUAGAAAACCAACAGACUUCUCCAUAAUUAGAUGGAUUCAUUAUAAAUCAUGAUUUUUCAUUUGAUCCAUUUGGUUCUGAACCAAUCUUUCUCAUUGAAAAAACCACUCUGUAUAAAUCUCACUUUUUAUUGUUGAUUUCUGAAGAUUUUUCUAUGAAUCUAAAGAGACUACAAUCUAUUUUAGAUUCCUGUAAGUUAAAUCUUAUUAAACAUAGCAGAUACCUCAGAUAAUCUAACCGAUAGUACUACAGAAGAAUACACAUAAUCAACCUACUUUGUUUUUAAAUCUGAUUGUUAUGUUCAUACACUUCAAUUUGGUAAUGUCAUUCAUAAAUUCCAUAUCUGGGUACUCAACCACUUAAAUCCUUUAGAAAUUUUUUAAAGUUUCAAUUAUAUUUAAAUUAGAGUUGUAUUAUCCUUUAUUUGAUGCAUUUGUUGUUGUUUCUAAUAAAGGAAAUCUAUUCAAAUAAAAUUUAUUUUAUGCAGAAUUUACUAAAAUACUCUCAUUUAAUUAAGCAGUUUAAUAUCAUAUUAUUUCGGAUUCUGAUGAUGUAAUUAUUUAUUUUAUUUAAAGUUAAUAAUUGAAAAAUAAAAUACUUUAUUAAAUAUAUUGAAAUCAUUAAUAAAAUGA